UCUAAGACAGAAGGUAAGAGUAUUAAAAAAAAAAAAGACCUUAGUCAAGCAGUUAUUAAAUAUCUACUGUAUGUCCUGGCAUUGUCCUCAGUGCUGGAGAAACAGGCAAAAAAUCAAAAACAAAAAACACUUCGACCCUGCUCUCAAGGAGCUCACGUUGAUGCCUGAAGAAGAAUCCAAAGGUACAUCAUGUCCCUUUAAAAGAAUCAGGAUUGUGAAAUCUGACUAAAUUCUGCCACGGGUAACCAAAACCAAUUUUUUUUUCCCCAAAAAACCAACCAACCUAUGAAGGGAAGAGGAAGAGGAAGAGCUAGAGCUGCUGUUGGGAUGGUCAGACUGAUGAUAGCGGUCAACAAGGAAAAGACAGUAUUCACCAACUCUCCUGAAGGACAGAACAAAAAUGGCAACUGGGGCGUGGAAAAUCAUAAGUGAGGAGAUGAAGCAGCACCAAACUGCCUUCAAAAAAGCAUCCGAGUCCUCAGGUGCCUACAGAAUAGGUCCACAGUAUUGAAAAACCAGAUCUAAUCACUGAAUUACUGCAGAUGGUAUAUUAACAUCUCUUGAAAAAAGAGAUUGGGCUUCCUUUCCUAAAAUUGGGACAUCGUCAUUGGAUAACUGGAUGGGAAGAGGAAAAAAAAUCAGUUGGUUCUUAUUGUGUUAAAAAAAAACCAAAGUCAACCAUAAGAGAGUGUAUGACCAUCUUAGAAGUGCAAAGAUCAAAGAAAAAAGAGUUAGGACAGAAAGGGAGGAGAAUUACCCCCCUCCCCCCCUUUUCUCUGUUUAGGUGAAGAUCAAGGGCAAUGGAUGUCAUAGAGACAGCAAAGCUUGAAGAACAUAUGGAAAACCAGACCAGUGACCCUGCAAAUAGUUAUACGAGGCCUACUGAACCUACUGAUGAAGACAACAAAAAUAGUAAUGGCAAACCCAAGAGUUUAUCCAAUGGCUUACGAAAGGGUGCCAAAAAGUACCCGGACUAUAUUCAGAUUUCUAUGCCAGCUGAAGCAAGGAACAAAUUUCCCCUGGAAUGGUGGAAAACAGGCAUUGCUUUUGUCUAUGCCCUAUUCAACCUAAUCUUGACAACCGUCAUGAUCACAGUUGUACAUGAGAGGGUGCCUCCCAAGGAGCUCAGCCCACCACUACCAGACAAGUUCUUUGAUUACAUUGAUCGAGUAAAAUGGGCAUUUUCUGUAUCAGAAAUAAAUGGCAUGAUAUUAUUUGGACUAUGGCUCACCCAGUGGCUGUUUCUGAGAUAUAAGUCAAUAGUGGGCCGCCGGUUCUUUUUUAUAAUGGGAACUUUAUACCUAUAUCGCUGCAUUACUAUGUAUGUUACCACUCUCCCCGUGCCUGGAAUGCACUUCCAAUGUGCACCAAAGCUCAAUGGAGACUCUCAGGCCAAAGUACAGCGAAUCCUGCGACUGAUCUCUGGUGGUGGAUUGUCCAUAACUGGGUCACACAUCUUGUGUGGAGACUUCCUGUUCAGUGGCCACACUGUCGUGCUGACUCUGACUUACUUGUUCAUCAAAGAAUAUUCGCCCCGGCACUUCUGGUGGUAUCAUUUGAUCUGCUGGCUGCUGAGCGCUGCUGGGAUCAUCUGCAUUCUUGUCGCCCAUGAACACUACACUGUGGACGUGAUAGUAGCUUAUUAUAUCACCACGAGACUCUUCUGGUGGUACCACUCCAUGGCUAAUGAAAAGAGCUUGAAGAUUUCAUCACAGACUAAUUUCUUAUCUCGAGCAUGGUGGUUCCCCAUCUUUUAUUUCUUUGAGAAAAAUAUACAAGGCGCAAUUCCUUGCUGCUUCUCCUGGCCGUUAUCCUGGCCACCUGGCUGCUUCAAAUCCUCCUGCAAAAAAUAUUCACGGGUUCAGAAAACAGGAGAGGACAAUGAAAAAUCCACCUGAGAAGAGAGAAUCAUCGGGAAGAAGGCCUAGGCUCUUAGACCAAAACAUUUUACACUAUAACCAAAGGCAGAGUUGUUCGUUUUGUUGUUAGUUUGUUUUUUUUUUUUUUAAAUAUGAGGACUGACUGGGGUGUGUGAAGAAGUGGACCAAAUUUUGUAAAUGAUUUGAAAGAUAAAGUAUUGUCCCGUGAUAACGGCAUUUAUUUGUCUAGGGGAAAAAAGGCUUCUGCAGCUCUAUACCCACUGAUGACGAGACCCAGGACCGUGCUUGACAGAUGAGGUUGGAAAAGAGGUGCCAAAAAAAAAAUAUAUCCUUUCCUUCCCAACCCAUCCUCCUCCCUUCUCCAAAGCCUUUCCUUUCAGAACUUAAGAGUGAAUUCCAAUCCUCCUCUCCCUCAUAUUCCCUUCAGAACUUAGAGUGAAUUCCCAGUCCUCCCUCUCCCUUACCCAGAAGAGCAGGAUUUAGUGAUCUUUUGAACACAUAAUUAUGACUAGGAUAUAUGAAGAGCUACCGUAUAAAGAGAAGUGUAAUCUAAUGUAAGGUAGUGAUAGCAUUCUCUAGGCUUCUCAUUGGAGCCUCGGUGAAAGUGACACCCGUCAUUCAGGGGAUGGAAAAAAAAAAGUUGGACAGAUUCCUGCUGUUUUCUCUGCUUUUGGGGGGAAAGGAUAGCUUAGAACCCUGGAAUGCUCACUGCUGCUACCACUCAAUGAAUGACAUACCUAUUGCUUUAUACAUUCUUCUUUUUACUAAUAACUUUAUUUUUUAAAACAAUGCUAGGCUGAUGUGCUCCAACUGCAGACAUGUCUGGCAACAUCACAGAGGUUUUACAAGUG